AUGACAAUCGACAAGCUCACAAUCAGUCUGCGGAGAGUAAGGAAAGCAUUCGACGAGCUAUCCCAGGAGCUUGUUGUAUCGGAAUCGGAGAAUAAAGGCUUGAAAGAGAGUCUGAGUGAGCAGAAAGCAUCUCUUGAGGCAGCAGAGGAGAAGCGCAACGCUCUUGAAAAGAAGCUUCUGUCCUGUGCGGAAGGUGCGCAAAAGUCGCGAAGUCAACUGGAGGAGUUUUUCCAGACCCUCACUUCGAAGAUUGAUUCACUGCAUCCCUCCAAAGAAACGGCUGAUGCGGACGGCAUACAGAAGCUCGAAAUCAAGGAAUGCCUGAAUGUCUUGCGAGGUCUCAAGGAAACAACUUCCUUGAAGGCUGAGAAAGUAGAAGACAUGCUGAGCUCUGUAAACGAGCGGUUGGAAUCAGGCCUCGAUAGCAUCUUGAAGUCGGUGGAGUUCAAGACAUCAUCCGACCCGGGAUUGCGUGAGUUCGUAGAAGACCAAGUGCAACAUCUUCGAGUCGAUAUGACGAAAUACGAGGAGAUAGCUGUUGAGAAUCGUAAGGUGUAUGAGUCAAAUGUUGCUCUCAAAGAGCAGCUCAAAGCGCAGCAAUUGCAUUCGUCCCGACUGGAAGAGCAGAUCCAGACGUUCCAACAGUCGGAAUCUGAUAUGAGGGCUCGGUCCAAUCAACUGGAGCGCGAUUUGGACGACUUGAGGAAGGCACGCAGCCCAGGUUUCGAUGUAUCAGGGCUUGAACAAGGAAGUGCUCAUCUACGGCAACAACUGAGGAAAGCGGAAGAAGGCCUAGAGGCAGCCAGUGUCGAAAUGGAGACGCACAAGAAGCUCCGGCAAUGUCUUGAACAGGACGGAGCAAGAUACAAGAAAUGCUACGAGAAUGCUAAAGCACAUCUAAAGCAGAUGGCUGCGGCACACCGAUCCAAGAUGCAAAACGCGGCCGUGAUGCGCACAUGUCUCGUGAAGGAUUGCGAGGACAAGAUUGAUAAGUACAAGCGUUGCUCGGAAGCUGAGAUAAGCUGCCUCAAGUACGAUUACAGCACGAAGGAGGCAGAGUGCACGGAGCUGAGCGACAAACUGGAUAUUUCCGCAGAUCAGUUGAGCCAGAUGAAAGAGAGUCUUGCCGGCCUUCAAUCUAGUCUUGAAGACAUGCGCAAGCAGCAACUAGUCGGCGAGACUAAGCUAAAGGAUGCAACUCAGCAAAGUCUAUCCAAUUCAACCGAAGUGGCUCGUCUCCGGGAGCGACUGCAACAGACAAAAGAGAAGCUUCAUGCUAAGACAGGAGAUCUGAUGAAGGUGGAGAAACGUGCGUGA